CCAAGACGAGAAAGAGACUCCAUUCUUUCGUGGUUCAGUUCAACACUUAAACCAGAGGCCCUGUUGCUGGCUCAUAAAUUUUUAUUAAAUCGUAUUCUAACUCUAAUAUCUCCCUUUUAUCCUUCUUCUUCUUCUUCUUCUUCUUCUUCAAUUUAUUUCUUGGAAAAUUGAGAAAUGUCAAUGGGGAACGAGUCAAGUUGGGUUGGGAAGAAGCCUAUCAGGCGCAUUGGUGGCAUGUCCGACGCACUCUCCAUCGCAGCCGUUCUUGGUUUCUCCGUCUCCGCUUCCCAACCACCGCCUCAGGAAUCUUCUCUUCCGAGUAGCGGCGAAAAGGGCGAGGACUUGGUCAGGGUUUUGAGGGAACUAACCACUGUUCAACGCAAGAUCGCGGAUUUGCAAGUCGAACUUCAAGGACGCAAGGAUGAUAAGAAUGUUGCGCAUUUGACGCAUGUGAGUGAAAUGGAAAAGAAAAUUGAGACUUUGGGGAGGAUUACCGCUAUACUGAAAGAUGUUAUCCAGAACAAGGAUCGCAUCAUAGCUCGCCUGCAGCAGCCUUAUUCUCUUGAUUGCAUUCCUGUAGAAGCAGAAUUUCAGAAACAAUUCUCUGAACUACUGAUGAAGGCAGCUAGUGAUUAUGGUGCCUUGACAGCAUCAGUGGCAGAUUUUCAGUGGAGUCAAAAUUUCAAGGAACCUCCUUCAGUUUGGGGGGAAAUGCUUCGACCCAUUCCAGUAGCUUUGGCAUCUUGCACUCGCUUCUUUGAAGCAAUGUCUGCCACAAGAGAGUCAUUUGCAGCCCUUCAGAAAUUGAGAGUGGGUCAAUUUGAUUCCCCUAUACCAAGUACUCCGGCGAGAGAUCCUUCCCAAAGACUGCCCGGAGUUUCUAAUUGUCUGACUCCACCUCCAAUGGAAAACUGAAGCAAACCUCAAUGAGAUAGUUGUCAGAAAUUGAAGGAAGUAAGAAUUAGUUCAACAAGCACCAUGAUUCAAACAACUAGGUGAGUGUUAUAGGAUCUUCUUGUGCCCUUCCUCAGUUGAAGAAGAGUUUACUUCAUCCAACUUUGUGCAGAUCAAUUGUUUUAACUUGAUUUACCAAAAAUCUUUCAUGAUUACUAUGUGAAAAACUCCAAUAGUUUUGUAGUGCUGCCAGGCUUGUGACCAAAACGCAUUGCACACUUGUACAUCUAAAACCCAGCAUUAACUGUUGUGGUGUGCCUGAAUCAGCUUUUAGUCUUAUACACUGUGAAUGUACAAAGUAGAGACUUAUUUUCUUUCUCCUAA